AUCUGCGCACCGACGGCCGGGUCCCUGCUCUUCCUUUCGAUCCAUUUAAAUAUAUACGCUCCCCAUCCCUUCCCAUCGCCCCCACACCGUCUCCUCCACAACACGCUCCUCACCUCGCGGCGACUCUUGCCAGGGCACUCCUCCGCGAAAGCCGCAUCCGCUCCAAGGGGAGUUGAUCGAGAAGCGUUGGUGGACAUGGGUCAGAUCCAGUACUCCGAGAAGUACUUCGACGACACCUACGAGUACAGGCACGUCGUCCUCCCGCCCGAGGUCGCCAAGCUCCUCCCCAAGAACCGCCUCCUGUCCGAGAACGAGUGGCGCGCGAUCGGAGUGCAGCAGAGCCGCGGGUGGGUGCACUACGCGAUCCACCGCCCGGAGCCGCACAUCAUGCUGUUCCGCCGCCCGAUCAACUACCAGCAGCAGCAGGAGGCGGCUGCCGCGCAGAUGCUGGCCAAGUGAGCCCCCGGUGGCCAGGGCGGCGACCAGGAACGUUUAAAACCCUAACCCCCUUUCCAUCUCUAAAAGGGGCGUCGCUGUUCUGUUGAUCAAUUCCUCUAUGCUGUUAGUUGGAAACUUCGGGUGUAGUUGGUGGAUUUGCUGGUGUGUGCCUUGUGUUCGUGGAAAUUCCUGUGAAGGAACUGCCAUGUGUUAGGCUGUUACCAUGCCCAUUUUCUUAAUACUAUGUGUUGACUGUGAUCAAGAUGGCACUCAUGCAGGGAUGAUAUUUAAUCUGUUUGACGUGAUCUUUGUAAUGGUGUGAUCUGGUUAGUAGCACUGAUAUCAUGUUUAAUCUGUUAUGUGUGAUGGUCAGUAUGGUCAUGGUGAUUUUGCAUGAUGAGAAUUGUUACCUAGUGAUCUAAGUUUAUGUCAAGUGAACAUGCUGUUAGUUGGAAA